AUGAUUCUUCCAUUUUCUCUUCUACUUCCAUUUCUUACUCUCAACACUUUUAAUGGUAAUCAGGCUGAAUUAUGCAUUCAGACGUAUCCUAAUUUACAAAUUACGUGUGCUACUGCGUACGAGCAACGUCUUCUACUAAACGAGCAGGAAUGUCGUGAUUUGUGCUUGAAAAUGUUAGCCCAAACAUGUCAAGUACAACAGAAUAAGGUAAUGUUAAAAAUCCAGAACUUUUAUUUUCCAUGA